UCAUACAACCUGCGCGCUCGUCUCCUAAGCAUUAUUUUAUAGCGUUUACUCUCUCUUUAACCCCCCUCAUUUCUCAUUUCUUCUUUUCUUAAAACACCAUUGCUAAACCUUUAAGCAUCUACCCCAACGUUUUACUCGCUACAUCAAACACACAUUUUCCAUCUUCCUCUUCUCAAUCCUUCAACACAUCUGUUUUUCCUCAUUUUAUCUCGAUGAUCCUCUCACGAAUUUCAAUGUAUCCACUUCUUGUGAUUCUUCUUCUCAUCAUCUCUUGCAUGAGCUCGGAAUCUUCGCAAUUUUCGAUCGGAUCUCGCUCAAUUCUGAGAACGAUUAACGAUGAUACUGGAAGUACUGAACUACAUGAUGUAGUUGUUGAAUUGAAUGAUUCCAAUUUUAAGGAUAUUCUCCGCAAAAUUCCUGCUUCUAUUGCUGUCGUUGAAUUCUUCGCUCACUGGUGCCCUGCAUGCAGAAACUAUAAGCCCCAGUAUGAAAAGGUUGCAAGAAUUUUUAAUGGGCCUAAUGCAGCACAUCCAGGAAUAAUAUUGAUGGCAAGGGUAGAUUGUGCCUUAAAGAUAAAUGCUAAACUCUGUGAUAGGUUUUCAGUGGAUCGGUAUCCUCUGCUUCUUUGGGGUAAGCCUGGUAAGUUUGCAUCUGCUGCUGGUUGGGAUGGAAAAGAUGGUGAAAUAAUGUCAAUCAAGGAUGGGCGCACAGCUGAACGCUUGCUUGAUUGGUUUAAUAAGAAAAUGAACAGCUCAUAUGGCUUUGAUGACAAGAAGUAUGAACAUGAGCAUCUUCAAUCAAACCUAUCAAACCCUUUACUUCCUGAGCAGAUUGCGCAAGCGGUUUUUGAUGUUGAGGAAGCGACAUCUUCUGCUUUUGAUCUUAUUUUGCAACAUAAGAUGAUUAAACCGGGGACCAAAGCUGCACUCGUCAGAUUCCUUCAACUUUUAGUGGCUCAUCAUCCGUCGAGGAGAUGCCGUAAAGGAAGUGCUGAGAUACUUGUGAAUCUUGAUGACUUGUAUCCACCAGUGAUUGGGACAAAUAAUAAAGAAAGUGGCAUCACUGAAAAUGCUACGACAACUCUCGGCAGUUUCCAGAUUUGUGGAAAAGAUGUUCCUCGUGGAUACUGGAUGUUCUGUCGAGGAAGUAAGAAUGACACAAGAGGCUUUAGUUGUGGAUUAUGGGUCUUAUUUCACUCUCUUUCUGUGAAGAUUGAAGAUGGAGAGAGCCACAUGACAUUUACAACCAUAUGUGAUUUCAUUGACAAUUUUUUCCUUUGUGAGGAAUGUCGACAUCAUUUUCUUGACACUUGUUCUAGAGUGUAUAGUCCUUUCAACAGUACUCGUGACUUUGCCCUUUGGUUAUGGGAGACUCAUAAUAAGGUCAAUGAAAGGCUACGUAAAGAAGAAGAUGCUCUUGGGACUGGAGAUCCCAACUAUCCGAAGAUGAUUUGGCCUCCAAAGCAGCUUUGUCCUUCUUGUCAUCUCUCUUUGAGCCAGUUAAGUGACACAAACAGUCAAGAUAACUGGGACAAGGAUGAGGUGUUUAAGUUCUUGGCUAGUUACUAUGGGAAAACACUGUUGUCUCUAUACAAGGACAAGGGCCUUCUUUGGGAUGAUGAGGCUCAACAUUCGCAUGCUGAAGAACAGACAACCGCGACAAAUCCUGUAGUUGUGCCUAUUGGAGCAGCUCUCGCUAUCGCUGUUGCUAGCUGUGCAUUCGGGGCACUGGCUUGCUUUUGGCGUUCACAGCAGAAGAGUCGAAAGUAUAGACAUCUACACUCUUUAAAGAACAUUUGACUAUUAGGAGGGCCAAGAAGAAGCUGGAGUUGAGAUGAUUGAAGGGAUUAAUAUCGAGCAGAUCUUGCCCGAAUGCAUGGCCCUGGUAGAUAUGGAGGGAGAGAACUGGGUUGAAAAUGCACUUUGCAGGCUUCUGAACUGUACCAUAUAAUAUAGCUCUUUGCUAUAACAGUUUAUGCAAUGUACAGAGCAUCAGGAUUUAUACUUUGCAGCGUCACAGAUGUUGUCACUUGUUAGCCAUAUAACUACACAGUUCCACAUUCAUGUUCAAUUUUUGUGUAUGGCAUACACAUUUAGUAAGAAUUCGGAAAUUACGGAAAAUGUGUUAUUGAAUGUUAAUGUAUGCCUGUAUGGGUCUCAAAAGCAAUGAAAGAUUAUACUGCAUCGGAAAGUUUAAGAACUUUGAAUCAA